UCAUGAAAAUCUUGUUGAAGAAUUUAUGUACAAACAAUUCAUCACAAGGUACGAAAGUCGUACGGUAAAAAGACUGCGGACAGCGAAAUCACCACACAAUGAAGUCUAGGUGAGACUGGAUAGAAGCUCUCGGAUUUCCAGGCGAUAAAGAUUUCAGAGAUGUUCUGUCUGGUAGCCGUUCAGAGUUUGGUGUUUCUUUUGCAUACAGUUAGAGGGCAGAUGCAUUCCAGCAGGACAGAUAUGCAGUCGAUGCACGACCUGGGACCCUGUUCCUGUCAAAUCCGCUGUUGUCCAGAUCACACAUCCCCUCGCAGACUCCCUCCCUACACAAACCUUCCUAAUGUCUUCUCUACAGCCUGCUGUGGAUGUAUAUUCUGUCCUUCAUUCAUUGGCCCCGGUCCUUUCUUUCCAAUGGGAUGGUCAAUGCUGACACCAAUGGGGUCGAUUCAAAUGGCUAUGCCAAUGAAUCACGAGGCUCCGGACGCACCCGAUGCCCCGGACGCGCCUGACGUUCCGGAUGCUCCAGAACGCGAGGGACCGGAAACACCAGAUCCACCCGAAUUAGAAGGUCCCGAAUUAGAAGGACCGGAAAUGGACAAUACCGAAGCGGUGUAAAGGUAGUCCCGAAGAUUUUACGAAGAAAACGCAUUUCCGGUUUUUGUUUUUGCCUUGUUAAUAAUUGAAAUAAAACCUUUUCUGUGUUU